AAGUUUAACGAUAUCCUAGAGCUGCUCGAGGCCUUCCGAGAUGCCAUAAAGGCAUAUUGGUCUCUUUACUUUGACGGCGGAAUCCUCUAUCGGGAUAUCUCGACUAGAAACAUUAUCAUCCCCGAUAUUAGGAAAGAAGGGGAGCAGCGUGGAAUUUUAAUUGACCUCGACCUAAGCAAGGAAGUAACAGAUCUUUCAACUACAUCGGAACAGAUUAUUAGAACCAGGCCCUUCAUAUUAAUUGACUUAAUGAAACACGGGCAGCAUUCGUAUCUUCAUGAUCUAGACUCUUUCUUCUUCGUCUUUCUCUGG